UUCCGGCAGGGGGCCGGGCGGCGGGCGGCGGUCUAGCAGCGGCGGGGCCCGGGGGGCGCCCAAGAUGGCGGCGGGUGGCGCGGAGGGUGGCUCGGGCCCCGGCGCCGCCAUGGGGGACUGCGCGGAAAUCAAGUCGCAGUUCCGUACCCGCGAGGGCUUCUACAAGCUGCUUCCCGGCGACGGCGCCGCUCGCAGGUCGUGUCCGGCCUCCGCCCAGACCCCGGCGCCGCCCCAGCCCCCGCAGCCCCCGCCCGGCCCUGCCUCUGCCGGCGCUGCGGGCCCCGCAUCGUCCCCGCCGCCCGCAGGCCCCGGGCCUGGGCCCGCGCUGCCUGCCGUGCGCCUCAGCCUCGUGCGCCUCGGGGAGCCCGAAGGCUCCGGAGCCGGGGAGCCGCCUGCCACGCCCGCGGGGCUGGGCGCUGGAGGAGACCGCGUCUGCUUCAACUUGGGCCGCGAGCUUUAUUUCUACCCAGGCUGCUGCCGCCGCGGGAGCCAACGGUCCAUUGACCUCAACAAGCCUAUUGACAAGCGGAUCUACAAGGGCACCCAGCCCACCUGCCAUGACUUCAACCAGUUCACUGCUGCCACCGAGACCAUCUCCCUGCUGGUGGGGUUCUCAGCUGGCCAGGUGCAGUACCUGGACCUCAUCAAGAAGGACACCAGCAAGCUAUUCAACGAGGAGCGGCUGAUUGACAAGACCAAGGUGACAUAUCUCAAGUGGCUGCCUGAGUCCGAGAGCCUGUUCUUGGCCUCCCACGCCAGCGGCCACCUGUACCUGUACAACGUCAGCCACCCUUGCGCCUCGGCCCCGCCCCAGUACAGCCUGCUGAAGCAAGGCGAGGGCUUCGCUGUCUAUGCUGCUAAGAGCAAAGCACCCCGAAACCCACUGGCCAAGUGGGCAGUGGGCGAAGGGCCCCUCAAUGAGUUUGCCUUCUCACCGGACGGUCGCCACCUGGCCUGUGUCAGCCAGGAUGGCUGCCUGCGCGUCUUCCACUUCGACUCUAUGCUCCUGCGUGGGCUCAUGAAGAGCUACUUUGGGGGCCUGCUGUGCGUGUGCUGGAGCCCCGACGGCCGCUACGUGGUGACGGGAGGCGAAGAUGACCUGGUCACUGUGUGGUCCUUCACUGAGGGCCGCGUGGUGGCUCGAGGCCACGGCCACAAGUCCUGGGUCAAUGCUGUGGCUUUUGACCCCUAUACCACUCGGGCAGAGGAGGCCACAGCGGGUAGUGGUGAUGGGGAUGGGAGCGGUGAGGAGGAGGAGCCUGAGGCUGCUGCUGCAGGCAUGGGCGCGGGUGGGGGUGCCCAGCUCUCCCCACUGCCCAAGGUCGGCUCCAUCACCUACCGCUUCGGUUCGGCAGGCCAGGACACGCAGUUCUGCCUGUGGGACCUCACCGAAGACGUGCUAUCCCCACACCCGCCCCUCACGCGCACACGCACUCUUCCCGGCACCCCUGGUACCACACCGCCAGCUACCGGCAGCUCCAGGGGUGCUGAGCCUGGCCCGGGACCCCUGCCCCGAUCCCUCUCCCGCUCUAACAGCCUGCCACACCCAGCAGGCGGUGGCAAGGCCGGCGGCUCAGGUGCUACCGCAGAGCCGGGCACGCCAUUCAGCAUUGGCCGCUUUGCCACACUUACGCUGCAGGAGCGGCGGGACCGGGGGGCCGAGAAGGAGCAUAAGCGCUACCACAGCCUGGGCAACAUCAGCCGGGGUGGUGGUGGGGGCAGCAGCAGCGACAAGCCCAGUGGACCCGCCCCCCGCAGCCGUCUGGACCCUGCCAAGGUGCUGGGCACAGCACUGUGCCCGCGCAUCCAUGAGGUGCCACUGCUGGAGCCCCUGGUGUGCAAGAAGAUCGCCCAGGAGCGGCUGACGGUGCUGCUGUUCCUGGAGGACUGCAUCAUCACCGCCUGCCAGGAGGGCCUCAUCUGCACCUGGGCCCGGCCCGGCAAGGCAUUCACAGACGAGGAGCCCGAGGCCCAGGCAGGGGAAGGAAGUUGGCCCAGGUCACCCAGCAGUUCAGUGGUAGAGGGCAUCUCUUCCCAGCCAGGCAACUCCCCAAGUGGCACAGUGGUGUGAAGCCGUGGAUAUUGGGGUCCUCCACCCCAUGCUCCCAGCCUCCUAGCCAUAACCCUCCCUGCUGACCUCACAGAUCAACGUAUUAACAAGACUAACCACAGAGAAAGGACUGUUCCGGUCCCCCACCCUGCACAAAUACUGGGGGUCCCUCAAAGUGGCCCGACCCUGGGGGGAUAUAGCGGUCCAAGUGGCCUCAGCCCUGCCCCACCCAUUGCCAAGUACUGUGAUCCUCUGAAACAUCAGUGUUAACCCACAUCCCUAUCCCCAGCAUGUGACUGGUGGCUCCUGGGGAGAAGCUCCCUGCCACCAGAGCCCCAGCUCUGCAGUGCGCCCCUGCGGUUAGGCAGAGCAGGAAUGGUCUCCCUCCAAGCCCCUACUCCAUCCCACCCUUGCUGUUGUCUGUGCUUUUGAAAAGUGUUAAGUUAUGGAAGUCCCAAGGGCCCUCCUUGUCCCCCAGGACCUCUUAUUUAUACUAAAGUUCCCUGUUUGCA